UCCAUCCUCAUAUCUAUCUCUCUAAUCGUUCCCACUUACUCGUCACCAGAGAAACUGAAACACUUUCGUAUCUAUCGAGAUGUUAUCGUAGGAAGUGCUGAUGAGUUCGUUGAGAUUAUCGAUUCCACUCGACGCGUUCGACUCAAAAAGGUUUCAUCUUUCCGCCACUAGACCUUUCAUCAUCAGUUCUCCGAUCAGUGUCGGUAAAAUCCGAGUCGCUCGUCUCGAUACCGAAGCAAACGAGGCUGAGAAUGCCACUAAUUCUCAUUCUUCCAUCGAUGUAGAUUCCGUAACUGAAUCUAACGGUGGGAGAAGCUCUAAAUUGAGAGGUGCUUAUUAUAAGAGAGGGAUAAAGAAAGAUGUAGCUCGAAAGGAAGAAAGCAAUGACCUUGACCUUGACCUUGACCUUGAGGAGGGUUUGUUUGUGAACAACGAUGUCAACUAUUCCGCUAUUAAGCCAGGUCUGAGUUUAGACCAUUACAAUGCUAUACUGAAACGUCUCGAGAGCUCUUGCGGUGACACUAACGCCCUCAAGUUCUUUGACUGGAUGAGAUGCAAACGCAAGUUAGAAGGUAACAUUAAAGCUUACAGUUUGAUUCUCAGAGUUUUAGCGAGGAGAGAAGAAUGGGAACGAGCCGAGGAACUCAUCAGAGAGCUGUGUGGAUCUCAGGGCUUGCAGAAGAAGAGUUUCCAAGUCUUCAACACCGUUAUAUACGCUUGUUCUAAAAAGGGGAAUGUGGAGUUGAGUUCAAAGUGGUUUCAGAUGAUGCUGGAGUUAGGUGUUAGACCAAACGUGGCUACGAUAGGCAUGCUCAUGGGUCUUUACCAGAAGAACUGGAGCGUUGACGAAGCGGAGUUCGUGUUUUCUCAUAUGAGGAAGCUUGGGAUCGUGUGUGAGUCUGCUUACUCCGCGAUGAUAACGAUCUACACUCGUUUGAGACUAUACGGUAAAGCAGAGGAAGUUAUAGGCUUGAUGAAAGAGGAUAGAGUGAGGCUGAAUCUUGAGAAUUGGUUGGUGUUGGUCAAUGCUUAUAGUCAGCAAGGGAAGAUGGAGCAAGCUGAGUCUGUGUUGAUCUCUAUGGAAGCAUCAGCAGGUUUCGCUCCGAAUAUCAUUGCGUACAAUACUCUAAUCACUGGUUACGGUAAGGUUUCUAAGAUGGAGGCUGCGCAGAGUUUGUUCCACCGCUUCUAUGAUCUUGGUCUGAAACCAGAUGAGACAACUUACAGGUCAAUGAUCGAAGGUUGGGGCCGUGCUGGCAGUUAUGAACAAGCGAAAUGUUACUACCAAGAGCUGAAGAGGUUGGGAUAUAAACCUAACUCGUCAAACCUCUUUACUUUAAUCAAUCUGCAGGCUAAGUAUGGAGAGAACGAAGGUGCCAUCAAGACUAUUGAAGAUAUGGUGAAUGUCGGAUGCCAAUAUCCUUCGAUCCUUGGCAUCGUUCUGCAGGCUUAUGAGAAGGUUGGGAAGAUUGAUGCAGUGCCUUACGUUCUCAAAGGCUCUUUUCACAACCAUAUCCGUUUGAACCAGACGUCUUUCUCGAUUCUAGUGAUGGCUUACAUCAAACACGGUAUGGUUGAUGAGUGCUUGGCCUUGCUGCGAGAGAAGAAAUGGAGAGACGCAGCGUUUGAGUCCCACUUGUAUCAUCUGCUGAUAUGCUCUUGCAAAGAGUCUGGUCGGGUCAAUGAUGCUGUGAAGAUAUACAACCAUACAAUGGAAUCUAACGACGAAAUAAGUCUUCAUAUUACGUCUACGAUGAUUGACAUUUACACUAUGAUGGGUGAGUUUGGUGAAGGUGAGAAGCUUUAUUCAAAGUUGAAAUCUUCUGGAGUUGUGUUGGACAGGAUUGGAUACAGCAUUGUGGUGCGGAUGUACAUGAGAGCCGGAGCUUUGAAAGAGGCGUGUUCUGUUCUAGAGAUCAUGGAUGAGCAGAAAGACAUUGUUCCUGACGUGUUCAUGUUCCGAGAUAUGCUUCGGUUAUAUCAGAAGCGUGGUCUUCAUGACAAGCUCCAGGAGUUGUACUACAGGAUCCGAAAGAGUGGGAUCCAUUGGGAUCAGGAGAUGUACAACUGCGUUAUAAACUGCUGUGCGCGUGCUCUACCGCUUGAUGAACUCUCGAGAACUUUCGAGGAGAUGAUUCGGUGUGGGUUUACUCCUAACACAGUCACGUUCAAUGUCCUCCUUGAUGUUUACGGCAAAGCCAAGCUCUUCAAAAAGGUCAAUGAGGUUUUCUUGCUGGCCAAAAGACACGGAGUUGUGGAUGUGAUAUCUUACAACACCGUUAUAGCCGCAUAUGGACAGAACAGGGACUUCGAAAACAUGUCGACAGCGAUUAGGAACAUGCAGUUCGACGGGUUUUCUGUGUCUCUCGAAGCUUAUAACUCAAUGCUGGAUGCGUAUGGGAAAGACAAACAGAUGGAGAAGUUCAGAAGCAUCUUGAAGAGAAUGAAGAAGUCGUCUACUUGCGAGACGGAUCGUUACACGUAUAACAUCAUGAUCAACAUUUACGGAGAGCAAGGCUGGAUCGAUGAAGUGACGGAUGUGCUGAGAGAGCUGAAAGAAUCUGGACUUGGUCCUGACCUGUGUAGCUACAACACGCUGAUAAAGGCGUAUGGUAUAGGUGGGAUGGUUGAAGAAGCUGUUGGGUUGGUGAAAGAGAUGAGGUUAAGAGGGAUAACGCCUGAUAAAGUUACCUACACCAAUCUGGUCACUGCUUUGCGCAGGAACGAUGAGUUUCUUGAGGCUAUUAAAUGGUCCUUGUGGAUGAAGCAAAUGGGUAUAUAGACAAAACAGAGUUUUCCAUACACAUAGCUGGUUCUGUUUUUUUCUUUUUCUUUUUUCAAUGUUUGUCUAUAGUUGCUGCUUCUUAUGAGGGCGUGCAUGUACAAUCUGAUCAGUGAUUAAUAGUCAAUGAAUAAGUCUUAUUCUUAGUA